CCGAACCAGACAGAUGUGAAGUUAUGAGCAGAUCUAUUCCAUUCCCUUGUGUUACGCCCAUAAUCUACUAAGUCGAAUACCUCACUUCACCUCACCCCCAAACCACUUCAUACCCUUCCUUCCACUCAUCAGAUUCAAUCAACCACCAUGUCAUCCCAACCCACCAUAGACAUGACCACCCUCCCCAAACCCAUAACCCUCUCACCAACAGUCCACGCCUACGACCCUCUUACACCCCAAACCACCAGCACCAGCACCAGCACCAGCAAUGCACCACAAACAAUCAUCCUCGCCUUCUGGAUGAACGCCCCCCAACGGGCCCUCACAAAAUACACCACCCAAUACCGCACCCUGUACCCUCGCGCCCGCAUCCUGACUCUCCAAAGCAGCACGGGCGACUUUAUGCGCCUCCCUUCACUACUAUCCACCUUCACCAGAACUUCAAACGACAAAAACAACAACACGAAUCCUACUCAACCAGCCCUGGACUACCUCCUCCUCCACCACCCACCCACCAGCACCCCUAGAGAGAGCGAGAGUGAGAGAAUCCACAUCCACCUCUUCUCCAACGGCGGCGUUUACACAACCACGACUCUCCUCUCCUCCUACAAAUCCACAACAGGACAUACCCUCCCCAUCACAUCGCUGCUUAUUGACAGCGCGCCUGGGAAACCAUCACUGGUUGGAGCGUUUCGCGCAUUCUCGUUCGGUCUUCCCAAGAAUGUUAUCCUGAAGUGGGUGGGGAGGUUGUUGCUGGGGUGUAUGUUGCUGGUGAUGUUUGGGAUGGGGUGGGUGGUUGGGAGUGAGGAUGGGGUGAGUAAGGGGAGACGAUUGCUAAAUGAUAAGAGUGUUGUGGGGGAGAGUGUGAGACGGUGUUAUGUUUAUUCGGAGGGGGAUGGGUUGGUGGAGUGGAGGGAUGUGGAGGAGCAUGCGCGGGAGGCGGAGAGGGUUUUUGGGGAUGAUGGUGGUGUUGUGGUUAGGAGGGAGAAGUGGGGGAGGGAUAGUGGGCAUGUUGAGCAUAUGCGGAUGGAUGGGGGGAGGUAUUGGAGGGUUGUUGGGGAGAUCAUAGAAGGUAUUUAG